AUGGCGACUCUCCCAAAAUACUCAGUUCAUGAUCGCCUCUCCGAGCUGAAGGCUUUCGACGAAACGAAAGCCGGAGUAAAGGGGCUCGUGGACGCAGGAAUCACUCACAUCCCUCGAAUCUUCCACACGCCGCCUCAUCUCCACGAUCAGAGGCCAUCAGUUCGAGCCGAUCAAGGUUGCAACAACUUCUGCUUCCCGAUCAUCGACCUUGAAGGCGUCGGCGGGCUGGGUACGGACAAAUGGAAGCGCGUCGCCGAGGAAAUCUGCGACGCGUCGUCCAAGUGGGGAUUUUUCCAGGUGGUGAACCAUGGAAUUCCUACAAGCGUACUGGAGGAGAUGAAGGCUGGAGUCUUGAGGUUUCAUGAGCAGGAUCUCGAUGAGAAGAAGCGAUUCUUCUCCCGUGAUCCUGCUCGAAAAGUUGCUUACAAUAGCAACUUUGAUUUGUAUAGCGGGCCGGUGGCUAACUGGAGGGACACCAACUACUAUUACAUGGCCCCUGACCCUCCUCUGCCAGAGACGAUACCACCACCUUGCAGAGAAAUCCUGAUAGAGUACUCGAAGCAAUUGGAGACACUAGCAAGUCUACUCUUCCAAUUGCUGUCGGAGGCUUUGGGUCUACCAACAAAUUACCUAGAAGAAAUGGACUGUGCAAAAGGGGUAAACGUAAUGUUGCACUACUACCCAGCGUGUCCGCAACCAGAACUGACCAUGGGAACGACCAGGCACACCGACACCAACUUCAUCACCAUCCUCUUGCAGGACGAUAUCGGUGGCCUUCAGGUUCUUCAUCAGGAUCACUGGGUUGAUGUGCCUCCAAUGCCUGGAGCUCUAGUGGUGAACAUCGGAGAUCUGCUUCAGCUCGUAUCGAACGACAAGUUCUUAAGUGCGGAGCACAGGGUGCUGGCAAGUAAAGUCGGGCCAAGGGUAUCUGUGGCUUGCUUUUUCAGCACGGGUCUGCUGCCAAACGCCAAAGUGUAUGGACCCAUCAAAGAGUUGUUGUCGGAAGAGAAUCCUCCGAGGUACAAAGAAGUGACGAUUCCGGAGUUCGUUGGGUACGUGAAGGGCAGGGGUCUCGAUGGGAGUUCUGUUCUGCAGCAUUUCGAGCUCCGAUCCGCGAGCUAG